CGACUGAAGUUGGUGUGUACAUUAAGUGAUUCACGGAUUAAGUGAUUGUGAGUGGUAGCUCAGCUUGGACAUUUUCAGUUGGGACAUUUCCAGAAAACCUCACGUUUACAAUGUGUAACUUCAAACCUGCCGUCGUUGUGGUCAUUGCCACAGUGGUCACGUGGACCCACUGUCAACCAACAGUGAUAGACUUUGACUACUGUGCAGAUAGCGCCACUUUGCGGCAAAUGGCACGCACCGUCGAUAUCUUAGCGAAACAGACUAAAACUUUGUCCCUGGCAGUGAGGAAACUGGAGGAAACUAAGGGAGGCCAGUUAUCUAAGGUCACGGACACGGCUGGGAAGCUAAGAGAGGAUUUUGCAGCGUGGAAGUCUGAUCUCGUUGACAAUAUUGGCAAAAUGUCGACCAAUCUGGAAUUUAAUAUUCGAAGACAAGUGAACAGUCUGGAGUCGAACGUCGGCCUAAAAUUGGAGGCGGUGAAACAUGAAGUACGUGUAUCUUUACUCAACCAGUCGGACGGGAUUUCCCAGUUGUUUGGUGUGAUUCAGAAUACGACUACAAGAGAGGAGUUUAACCUAACAUCCACGAUAGAAAGAAUUACUUCCGUGAUCAACAGCACAAUGCUCAGACCACUCAGCUCGUUACUGACGUCUAAAAUGUCGCCUAUUGAGCAGACCUAUGCCGCCACUCACAGGCUAGAGUCACAAAUGAAGCAAAAUAUCGUGUCAUUCGAAGAGAUAUGUGAACGAAAGAUCGACAGUGUAAAUGAUCAACUUAAACAAGCGUCGGUUGAUACGGUGCAUGAUUUAGUAACCCGGCUGAACGAGCGGAAGUCCGCGGUUCCCAGUGCCAUCACGAUGACGCAGAAUUAUUCCGUCGUUGAUGACAUCAUUCAUGUUCUAGACCUGUACAAAACCGAUCUUAAAACCGAGAUUGAACAGACUGCACGAAAUAUAUCCACAGUUCUUCGCCAGGAAAUUCUACGUCAACUUCAUGAAAAUAAAGCUGGCAUCGAAUCACUACUGGCUGACUUAGACGUAACGGGACGAUUAGAGUCCAUCAAACAACUUAUAACAACAAAUGAGCUGUGUCCAGCCAAGACUGUGAUUGAGAGUAUCCGAGGCGCCACAUUUGUACAAGAGGGCUCCCUUCGUUUGGUAAAUGGUACCCAGCCGACGGCAGGUCGAGUGGAGGUGAUGUACAAGGGCAAAUGGGGAACGAUCUGUGACGACGCAUUUGGAACAGAAGAAGCGAUCGUCGUCUGUAGACAGAUGGGAUACUGUGGCGGUGCCACCAAGGCGAAGCUCACGUUUGGGCAGGCGGCCAACGACGUAUCCAUCCAUCUGGAUGACGUCGUGUGCAACGGUCGAGAAGUGAGCAUCAUGCAAUGUAGAUCCGCUGGCUUGGGCACUCAUAACUGUAACCACGACGAAGAUGUUGGCAUCGUGUGCUCACGAUGUGGAUGAUAAUGAAUGUGCCGUGACUGAUGCUAUUACUCUUUAAACAGUCGUAAACAGUCGAAAACAUCCGGCUGAUGUGAAAUCUUGAAGGACAAAAUAACACAGACAUUUGGGUUAAAGGAAAUCAAAUGAGUGGACUAUAAAAUUGUUCAAU